GAGGCCUCCUCGACUGACGAGCUCCGAGUGUACGUAUAUAGCGGCGACAAGUACGCGCACGCUGCCGCUGCGCCCUCGGAGAACGGCAGCAAAUGUUGGGGGACGCGGAGGGUGCCCCGGCGGCGUACGGGACGUCGUGCCGUGCCGCCUUUCGCUGCCAAUGAUGGGGUCUGCCAUGCGAAGUACCGACUGCCAGCACUGACCGCUUCUCAAUCGUUCGAAAGCCUCACCGGCAUCGAUCACGCACGUGCCGCUGGGCAGCAGGCAGUGGCGCCCCAAACACGAGCGGACGGGCGUCCGAGAGCUAAACAGCUUGAAGCUUCGGAACGCCACUCGGGUCCUAAGCCUUCCAGGUCGCCAAGCGGUCGCAGAUAACGGAAGCAGAGGCCAUGGCUGCGACCCCUCAGCAUGGCCCAGGGUUGAUGCCGCAGCUGCCGCCGCUGCCGCAUGGCAUGGACCACCAGGCACCACCACCGAUGCAUCCGGGUGCCCCGCCGCCACCUCCGCCGUUCAUGGCGGCGCCUCCGGCACCUGUCGAAGGGCCGUCGCAGCAGCAGCAUCAGCCAUCGAGUUACAGCAAGAAGCUCAGCCUGGGCGGAGGCUCGGUGCGACUCCAGCUAAACCGCGAGUACUACCGCACGGUUCCGGGCAUGCUGGGCAUAGUGGAGGUACUCUGCUCGUGCGCCAUCGUCACGACGCUCAGCCUGCGCGGGUUCGUGUUCGACGUGUUCUUCUUCCUCUGCAACCUGGGAUUCACGUACGCGCUCGUCGGCGCCAUGUUUUUCGUGAACGGCCUGGUGGGCUCGCGUGCCGGCCGCGACCUGCCCCUGCUAGUGGCCGUGCAGUACUACGGGCUCGGCUUCGUCAUGUUCCUGGCCGCCGGCAUCGCCAGUCUGGUGAAGUCGCAACGCGAGGCGCUCGCUAUUAUGGUCGGCACCGUGGCCGUCAUUGUGGCCAUCGCGCUCUUCGUGCACGCCGUGUACGCGGUGCGCACCUCCUGAGCGAAACGCACGCGCCCGGGAGAACGCAGCGGUCCGUCACUUCGUGGCGAUCGCGCGGGCGUGCGCAAGUUGUGUGCGAGAAAGGAGCUACGCAUUAAACGUUUUGACCCGCUAAUCACUACCUGCAUAUCUCUUGCCGGCUGGCGUUUGCCGCGGUACGAAUGCGUAAGUGCCACUGACAGAAUUAAGCGCUCGCCGCACUGAACAAUUUCAGUUUCAGCCAGCGUGUGAGACCACCCUGAAAUUGCUGGGCCAAUAACGAGAAUAUUUUACGAAUACUACUUGCAUUGAUGCCGAGAUAACGGCUACCGUCCAGGACUGCAUGCAGAGCAUGUCAUGACGAAACAUGGCAAUUAACCUGUAAACACGGUUGCUAUACGCGGGGAACAGUUAUUAAGUAUAGGCUGUAUAGCGGUUCGUUAAGAACAGAUGUUGCCAAUCGUAACAUCCGCCACCGUAUUAGCUAUAAGGCAGGCGGCUGGCCAGUGAGAAACAAUUCUCACAAACGAAAAUGUUUGUGAAUUCGGUCCCCGUCUUCCUCUGUUCUGUGCUGCUAGCACAAAUACACUAUACCCAUCUGUAUAGAAUUGCGCUGCUUGCCAGAACGUAGCAAUAAAACAGAUCUCGUUUGCUCCCAGCUUGUCUAUUCUAACAUAAGAAUGAACCAUCCAAAGCCUAUAUUAUCGGUAUUUCUAUUUUUGGGAUACUAUCAUUUUUGUACUAUAGCAUGCCCAGCGCAAUGGCCGUCCCAAUGACAAAGCAGGAAAGCACGCAGGUUUAACACUUGAACUGGCCAUUGACGCCUGAAUCGACGCCUCAAAGAGGCGUCAACGGGCAUUUAGCGCUAUAAGGUCGUACAUGCAAGCAAGCAAAUGAAACUCCCGUUUAGACAGCAAGCGCUAAUGUCGUACAAAUGUAGUACCACUGCAUCUUACUAUCUCUCACUCGCAUGUAAACUCCAUAAGUGCGACUCGCACCACCAAUCCAACAGAUAGGGCGAUUCCGUCAGCUGACCUGGUCCGCUGGCCAACUCGAUCGGCAGCGGUGCCUGCACAGCCCCGGUGCGCCAGCCCGCUUGGGCCGCGCGGUGGCAGCCACGACAAGCGGUGACGUCAUCGAGGCACCACCGUGUUGACAUUCGGUGCGCGCUCGCCGAAGACCAUUUUGGCUACGCCGCGCCAUUCAUCGUGCGCUGUGUGCGCGCGCUGUCGCGCACGGCCGACCGAGAGCCGCCGUGCGAUGAGCAUCGCCGCCGCCGCUGAAUAGGUCCUCGAGAGAGAUACGCGCGGCUGGCGUCAAGCGCGGCGGCAUACAAACCGAGACCAUUUCUCAAGUGUAGAGGCACGAGCCGCAAAGGCGAUUUGGAAAACGAAAUUUGCCCGCUCGAUUCGGGCGCCUAAGAGCAGCGGCCGCAGAUCGAUACGCGCCCACUGGUCUCCUCCAGCGCUCCGCGUUCACGGGCCGCGAAACCGAACGCGGCUCUUUGUACCGUUACCGCUUUUCUCGCUCUUCCCUUGUCGUGGCCCUCUCUCGCAACGCGCGGUGCCAAUGUAUGCAAGUAUGCGGCACGGCGCGCACUGCUCGUGUGACAGGAAACACGACGGCUGCGGUCGACCGUACAACGCGACGCCGCUUUCAUUGGAAAUGAUUUCUCACGCCCGGGCAUUACGACGGGCGGUGCCCCAGAAUCUCGAGGAGUGGAAUGAAAGAAGAAAUUGCAGUUGACGCGGAAGGCGAUGCAGACGCGACCGGGGCCAUCGGGCAAUGUUUUGUACGUGCACGGUGCCACAACUUCCAUCGGAAGCCGAAACAUCGUCAGACCGGCUUCUGGGGGCGCCACGGAGACGCAUCGCCCUAUAACAUGCGCCAUCGUAGAUGGCGAAGAAGCGAGAUAACUCUACGGCGCUCAUCCUGCCUGAAGCCGUCGGAAAACCUAUACACCGAUUGCACGGAUGUAGUUCGACAGGGCGCACUGCCUGACAUUUCCGAGUCUUUCAUUACAGCCAACCUUCACGAGAUAAGGAAACUUUGAAGUCAGCUCUCGCGGCGACUGGUUGAAACAGAUCUCGUAAAAAGCCCUGGCGGAGACAAAACAAAACCCAAUGGGCUAAUAACGUCAACGCGGCUAAAAUCAUCCCCCCCCCACUCCCGCUCUUUUGUUUCUAGAGCGAAGCUGUAUAUGGCUACGGUUCCGUGCAUUUUUGUUCUCCGUGAACAAAAACUAUCAUCAUCAAUGGCUCAUACCCUCGUAAGCAUUCAUGCUCCCGUAAGCAAGCAAAAGAUGGAAUGGCUCAUAGCCCGUAAGGCAGAGGCUACAAACACUCAGCAAAGUGAAUUCGAACAGUGCUUACAUUCUUUCUAAUCACGCAUACAGCACACAGAACAGCAUGUCGAAAACUGUCAUCAAUGGUUCAUACCCCCGCGAGCGAUGUCUCAUACCCCCGUAAGCAAGCAAAAAAUGUUUUGGGCCGUCCGGUAAGCGGAAGAUGCCGCCGGAGUCCAAGGACUUCGAGCCGCCACCUGAGGCCACCACAACCAAAAGUGCCGGACCAUUCUUUUUAAUAAAAUUAUUUUCUUCUUCAUAGUCCAGUACGGUUCAUGGCUACUCACUGUGCGUGAAUUAGCUGCGAUGACACUAUCUCUGUUGCCGUUGUCAGUGAUUUCAAUGUAGAUGUGUCGGUAUCGAAAAGGGAGCGGUUUACGCGUUCCGCGUUGCAGACAUAUCCCUUGCGAUGCCA